AUGUUGCCAUUGAGUGAAAAAGUCAAGAUCACGGUGUUCCUCGUGAGUGCCAUGGUUCUGGGCUGUGCCACAGCCGUGAAGCAUCCCAAUCAGAGAUCCUUCGUGCAGAAGAACGUGAAGAGAGACGCUCCUGUGGCUCAGCACUUCGGCGGCAGUCUUCACGGUGGCUUCGGACAGCAGAGUCACCAGCAAUUCCAGCUGCAGGGACUCGAUGGCCACCAAGGAGGUCACUUUGUCAUGCCUCAGUACAGCUUCGCGGCGCCUCAGCUGCAUUCCGCUGGCCACCAGAAUCUCGCGCUUCAGGGACACAGCUUCGGCCACGGCGGAGGCGCAGGUGGGCAGCAGUUCACGCAGCUGGCCAAGAUCCUCAGCACUCAGGGCACAGCUGGUCACGCGGGCAAUCUUGGGAACCUCGCUGGCGGACAGUUUGGACAUUCCUUCGCUGCCGGAGGACUGAAGACCGCGCCAGUGUCCUUCGCCGCUGCCCCUUCGACUAACUACGGCACUCCCGUGGCUUCUGGCCAUCAGUUCGCCCAUCAGCUGGGCGGCCUCCAGACGGCGGCGUUCUCUGGCGGACACGGAUUCGGAGGCCUGAAUCUGGGCAGCGCCCUGAAGGGCGGUGAUUUGUCUGGCAGCAAUCUUCUCUACGCCCAAUCCUUCGGUGGCCAUCAGCUUCCAGGACUGACGCAAGCCUCUUCUGGCCACACUGUGCCAGCCUACGCCAUGGGGAUCAAGGGUCUGGGACACUAUUCCUCCCACGGAGGAGCAGGGGGACUCGGAGGACUUGGAGGUCUUGGGGGACUCUCUCAGGGUGGAUUCCAGAGUCACGGCGAUCUGGGAUCUCAGGCCAGUCUGGCCAGUCACAGCCUUAGCUUCGACACUGCCAAGUACAACAUUCCCACACUCUCGCACGGCAAGACUCUGGCUCCUGUUGCCUACGCCACUCCUGCGGCCUCCAAUGUCAGGCACACUUCCAUCUCCAACAUCAUGGAUGGGAAGAACUUCAAGCCUUCCGUGCUGCUCGGGAUGUACGCCGACGUGGGCGGUGCUGGCGAAUCUCAGGGUUUCGGUGGCCUCAAGUACUCCCAAGCCUCCCUGCCCUCAUAUCCUGGCCACGCCACAGCCGCUUUCGACACCGGCGCCGCGUCGUCCUUCGGCGGCUACAACACCAUCAACUAUUCAGAGGGCAUCGCGCACUGA